GGCCACUCGUUUCUCGUCCUCCUUUCUCAAAGCUCGACCGUUGAUUCUUCUUCUACAUCAUCGAACUCGUCAUAAGUACAGGCACGGUUCGUUUCACGGUACCACGGAGGAGAAACCCGCCGCUCCUGCGACAGAGAACAACUUCGAUCCAGGGCAAUCGGAAAGGACCAUCAACCGCGACCCGAGCAGCACUUUGUCGCUCGCGCUACUCUCUACUCUACCUAUACUGAAGAUCCGAGCUGCCAGGCAGCGCGCGCCCAGACAGGUUCUUCCUCUGGAUGCUGCUCUAGAGCUUGCCAAAAAAAACAACUCCUCCAGCUCUUCGUCCAGCGCAUUCCUCGUCCUCGUCCUCGCCAUCGCAUCGCAUCGCAUCGCAUUGCAGAGCGCGCGCCGCGUCGAUUGACCCCACGAAUCUCCGGACACGAUGCCUUCCCCGCGACGAAUGCGCCUCCUCAUGGUGGCCGUCGUCCUCACCGUCGUCUUCGUGCUCUUCUACAGCUCGGGCAUGGAGCCGGAAACCGACGUCAGCUUCAAGGGCUUCUACGAGAAAACAAAAGAGGCCAUGGAGCGCGGGACGGCGCGCGGGCAGCCCGUCAUCAACGCCAAGACGGGCGAAAAGGCCGGCCACAUACCCGCCGACAGGGACGGCGACGGCGACAUUGACGGGGACGACAAGGUGGCCGCGCAGGAGCUCCAGGAGCGGCUGCAGGCCGUUGAGCGGGAGGCAAAGGACAAGGCCAACGAGAAGAGCCCCAAGCCCGACAUCCCCAGCCGCAUCGUUGGCGUGGGCAGCUCGGCCGAGGGGCAGGUGAAGAAGGGCCAGGUCAAGGCCGGAGGCGAGGUCAAGGAAGAGACCAAGGAAGAGCACGAAGCCGAGGUGGAGAUUAACAGCAUCUUGAAGAAGUCGCCUGUCAUCAUCUUCUCCAAGAGCUACUGCCCGUAUUCGAAGCGUGCCAAGGGCAUCCUCCUGGAAAAGUACACAAUCACCCCGGAGCCCUUUGUCGUCGAGCUGGACGAGCACCCGCUCGGCCCCCAUCUGCAAGACUAUCUCCUCAAGAAGACGGGGCGGAGGACGGUGCCCAACAUCUUGGUCAACGGAGUCAGCAUUGGCGGUGCCGACGACAUUGUUUCGCUGGAUAACGAGGACAAGCUCGUGGCCAAGGUGCGCGAUCUGGGCCAGGCUCGCGUCGAGAUUUCCGAGCGCUUCACCCCUGGCGAGCAUCAGUGAGGAUGUGUCAUGUCAGAGCGGAGCGCCUUGCUUGUGAUCCUUUUUGCCUUUCUCUUCUUCCUGUACUCUCACCUUAAACUCGCCUCUCUCGCUUGGAUCAAAGCUGAGACUCGUGGCUCGUAUCGGCUGGUUGCUUCUCUUUGGGACGUGGGCAUCAGGGGCUAUCGA